AUGUCUACUCGUGAAAAUGAAGACCAAAAACGAUGGGGUGACAUUGUUGAAGGUCGUUUUGGUAUCGAUAAAAAUGAAGUUGAAGAAUGUCAUUACGUCAACGUAAAAAUCACUUAUUUCCAUCUAUAUUACACUUUGAUAAUUGAUGGUAUAUACAGCUAUAGAGACACUUUCCGUGCAACACGGCGGCCGUCAGUAAUUGGUGAGCAGUUUACUGUUCGAGAAACUGACUAUAAUGGCAGAUCACUUCAAACCAAAAAUAAUUACGAUAAUGGUAUAGUGAAUAAUACAUACAUGAUCCGAGAUAUUCACGGAUAUGACGAACCUCGUUUGGAACGUACAGGCUCAAAUACUUAUCUCAGAAAACACAUAUUAAUAAAAUUUAAAAAUCAUACUGAUUUAUCACUAGGAAAUUAUUUUUCACUCGAACAUAAACCAGAUAGCGUUAAGUAUUCAUCGACUUUUUAUGAACAACGCACUUUUGAUCUUAAUAUUAUUUUUGAUAAUAAAAAUUUUGUACCAAUAGAAUCUGUGGCGAUGAACAUUUUAAUUUAUUGGAAUGCUGCGAACUUAUUAUUUAUUGAUAAUGAAGAAAAAUUGUAUAGACCGACUAAAGAAAUUAAAAUUAGUAAUAUUGAUGUUUUACAAAGUGGACCUAUACCACAGGGUGCGACAAUAUAUGAUGACACAUACAAGACUACGUAUCACUUGGAUUCAUUUUUGAUAAAAUAUUUUAAAAGCGAUGAUAGAUUAUUUCGUGAUUUCCAAAUUUUUAUGACACCGAGACGGCUGUGUUCCGGUUUUGAUGAUGUCAAAUGCGAUACAACAGGAUACUUAUUAAAUAUAAAUCGAAAGGGACAAAAAAGUUUUGCGAAGCCUGACGUAGCAGUUUUGAAACAUGAGUUAUCUUUUAUGAACUAUCCAUUAGCUACAGACAAAUUAUUUGAACUACUUGAUGAUACCAAUUACAUAUAUAUUUAUACUAUUAUUUCACCUCAAGCAUGGAUUAUAAUCGAUCAAGAAGAUCAGAAAGAAAAUAUUCCAGAUCCAUAUUUAGUGGAGGGGUUUCAAAAUUUAACAAAACAUUCCUCUAUUUUAUUGGAAAAAAUAGAACAACUUGCAAAAAAAAGUGAUACUUUCGAUGAGGAUAACGAUGAAGACGCAAAAAUAAAUUGGAAUGCAAUACUAGAAAAUACUGAAAAAUAUAACCAAAUACUUAAUUCUAUUUCAGAAGAAUUGCAACAGCCCACGUACGAUUCGGAUAAUGGAAUUACCGAUUUUUCGAAUUUAAAUGAAACAUUUACGGAUAUAAAGAAUUAUUUAGAUAAAAUGGCUCAAAUUAUCGACAAAGCAAGCGAAAUAGAUAAUUAAAGUUAUCUAUGGAACAUCUAGCCAGAAUCAAAAUUUUUACCAUAUGUUUAGAAAUUAUCGUACUUCGUACUUCAUACGAAAAAUUGUCCCGGCAAGAGAAUGUACAGAGGUUUUCGGUUUUUACUCCCACUCUGGUCUGGUUCUCUGUACUUAAUAUUCUCCCUCUUUUCUUUACGCAUGCGCAGUUUAGAAAUCUUCGGAAGUGGGGGCAUUUUCGAGGUUCAUUCUCUCGCUGGGUGAAGUUUAUAUAUUAUCGAGUACUAUAUUUCGCAAUAUGUGUGGCAAAAUUAAAGAUAUUUGGUAUAAAUAGAUGUCCUCAAAGAUCCAAAGUU